GGAGGAGGAGGAGGUGCUGCCGCCGCCGCCGCCGCCGUCCGGCUCCGCUCAGCCACCUGCGCCUGCCGGGCCCCGUUCCAGUGACAGCCCUGAAUAGGACGGACGCUGGGCUCAGGUGCUACAACCAAACCUACUUUCCCCAUACACAGGAAGCAUCUCGCCUCCCGGGGUUCUGCUGAUGUCAUCUGGACAGUGGUUAGCCAGGAAGGGCUAGUCUGCCCACACUGGACCUAGAAAUGGAGGCAAAUGACCAUUUUAACUUUCCUGGCCUUCCCCCUGCACCUGCUGCCUCAGGACUGAAACCCUCUUCCUCCUCCUCAGGAGAGGGCCUCUACACUAACGGGUCUCCCAUGAACUUCUCUCCACAAGGGAAAAGUUUGAAUGGUGAUGUGAAUGUUAAUGGCUUAGCUACUGUAUCUCACACUACUUCAGGGAUUUUGAACUCUGCUCCCCACUCCUCUGGCACUUCACACCUCCAUCACCCCAGUAUGGCCUACGACUGUCUCUGGAACUAUCCGCAAUAUCCACCUGCCAGUACCGGCAACAACCUUAAAGAUCCACCCCUUCUCUCCCAGUUCUCAGGCCACAGACAAUAUCCACUCAAUGGCUCCAUUGGGGGCGGCCGCCAGGGCUCGCCCCCAAGUCAAAACACUAACCUGCGGGCUGGUAACCAAGAGUUCUGGGCCAAUGGCACCCAGAGUCCCAUGGGGCUCAAUUUUGACUCACAGGAACUAUAUGAUGACUCUUUCCCUGAUCAGAAUUUUGAGGUGAUGUCCAAUGGACCCUCCAGCUUCUUCACCUCCUCACCACCCUCUCCUAUGCUGGGCUCCAGUGUCCAGAGUUUUGCACCUUCCCAGGAACCUGAACCUGGUGGACACCCUGGCGAGGCAGCCGAUAAGGAGCUAGCUCCCAUUGUGGCAGAGAAUGGCACUGGUUUGGUGGGUAGCCUGGAGCUGGAAGGAGAACAGCCAGAACUGAAGAUCUGUGGCUAUGAUAGCUCCGCCCCUUCUGUGGAAUCACUGCACCAAGACGUCUCGGUCCUGGUCCCUGACCCGACAGUGAGCUGCCUGGACGACCCCUCACAGCUUCCUGAACAACUGGAAGACUCUCCUAUCCUCGAUGAAGAUCCGCUGGAGCCCUUUGACUCACUGGCCCCAGACCCAGGGACUGGUGGGCUCUACGGGAUGGAUGACUCGGAGCUGGUGGGUGAAGAGGACAAGCUGCCCCUUGGAGACAGCCCAGACAUCUCAGCUCUCGAUUGCCCCUCCCUCAACAAUUCUGCUGCUUUCAGUCUCCUGGCUGAUGACAGCCAGACUUCAGCCUCAAUCUUUGCCAACCCCAGCUCACCUCCUGUCCUAGGGGAGUCUGUCUUACAAGAUGGCAGCUUUGAGCUGAAUAAUGGGAGUGAUCCAGAACAGGAAGAAGAGGAGACGGGGGCGUCAGCCGUCUCCCCAGAGGACACAUCGUCUCUCCUUGAACAGUCAGCCCCGGCUCAGCUGUCCCCGGAGGACACGUCGUCUGUUCUUGAACAGUCAGCCCCGGCUCAGCUGUCCCCGGAGGACACGGACACGGACAGGAGCAGUGGUCCUGGGUGCACCCCUGACCUUGGAGACAAGGCUGGGGGAGGAGGCGGUGCUUCUGGCAACGGAGAUGUCCUGCGGAGACGGAUUGCCACCCCAGAGGAGGUUCGAUUUCCCCUUCAGCAUGGAUGGCGAAGAGAGGUUCGAAUCAAGAAGGGCAGCCACCGGUGGCAGGGGGAGACGUGGUACUAUGGUCCCUGUGGGAAGAGGAUGAAGCAGUUUCCAGAAGUGAUUAAGUACCUGAGUCGAAAUGUGGUACACCAUGUCCGCCGGGAGCAUUUCAGUUUCAGCCCUAGGAUGCCUGUUGGAGAUUUCUAUGAAGAGCGGGACACCCCUGAGGGCUUGAAAUGGGUACAGCUCUCAGUGGAGGAGAUACCUGCUCGCAUCCAGGCCAUCACGGGCAAGCGAGGUCGUCCCCGCAACACCGAGAAGGCCAAAGCCAAGGAAAUGCCCAAAGUAAAAAGAGGACGUGGGCGGCCACCUAAAGUCAAAAUCACUGAGCUUUUGAGCAAGACAGAUGCCAGACUCCUGAAGAGGCUCGAAGCUUCAGAUGCCCCGAGUGAUGGUGAGAAGGCCAAGAUGAGUAAGAUCAAGAAGAAGAUAAGAAGGAAGGCCAAAAACCAACGGAAACAAGAAGCCAAGAGCUCCAAGCAGAAGGAGAUUAAAAAGAAAUCCAAGGCUGAAAAGGAGAAGGUAAAAGCAAAGGCAGAUAAACUGAAAGAGAAAGUCAGGAAAGAGAAGCUCAGACCAAAAGAGAAGGAGGAGGCCAGACCAGCCUGCAAAGUGGACCGGGUUCCAGCCCCUCAGCGACAGCUGGAGGAGCGACAGCGACAGCAGAUGAUCUUGGAGGAGAUGAAGAAGCCUACGGAGGACAUGUUUGCUGAUCACCAGCCCCUGCCUGACUUCUCGAGAAUUCCUGGUCUGCUGUUACCCAGCGGUGUAUUCUCACACUGCCUGACUAUUGUGGAGUUCCUGCACAGCUUUGGCAAGGUGCUGGGCUUGGACCCAGCCAAGGACGUGCCCAGCCUUGGAGCUCUGCAGGAGGGGCUGCUGUGCCAAGGUGAAGCCUUGGGCGAGGUGCAGGACCUACUGGUGAAGCUGCUUCAGGCUGCUCUCUGUGACCCUGGCCUGCCCACCUACUGCCAGUCCCUGAAGAUCCUGGGAGAAAAGGUGUCGGAAAUCCCAUCUGACCGGGACAAUGUGUCAGAGAUCCUCCGCUGCUACCUCAUGGCACUAUGGGGCAGUAGCCCCGAGUUCUGCGACAGCUUGCGCACCAAACCUUUCCAGGCACAGCCGCCCCAGCAGAAGGCUGCUGUGCUGGCCUUCCUUGUGCACGAGCUCAACGGCUCCAACCUCAUCAUCAAUGAGAUCGACAAGACCCUUGAGAACAUGUCCAGCUACAGGAGGAACAAAUGGGUUGUUGAAGGCCGGCUUCGGAGCACCCCAACUCCCACUCCCAGGCUUGAAAAACGGCUCUGCUAAGCGACCGGGCCUGAGGCAGAACUGCUGGGCUCAGAGGAGAACUGGGGCCGGAGGCGAAGUUCCCGGAUCCCAGAGGAGACGAGCGGUGUGGAGGAAGAGGAGGAAGAGGAGGCUGCAGCAGCCUUUGCUGCCCAGGGCCGGCGGGGCCGCCGAGGCGAGGAGGGCGAUGCCUUAGCGUUCAGCAUUCCAGAGCUAGAGCGACAGAUAGAGAAAAUCUCCAGCGCCAGCUGUUUUUUCCGCAAGAAGUUACUCCAUUCCUCCCAGAUGCUGAGGGCAGUUUCUCUGGGCCAGGAUCGCUAUAGGCGGCGGUACUGGGUGCUGCCAUACCUGUCCGGCAUCUUUGUGGAAGGGGCUGAGGAAGCCCCAGCCUUGGAGGAUGUGAUAAAGCAGGAAGCUGACUCCCCAAAGGGGGCAGCUGCCGCAGCCCCCUCCACACCUCCUUUCUCUGCAGUAAAGAGGGAAUUGGCUGAAGGAAAUGUCAGGACUUUGUCCCCUUGCGCUCGGGCAAGGGGUAGGCCCAGAAAGACCAAGCCUGUCCCUGAGCAGCCCGAGAUUCCCGUAUCACCUGUGGCAAAGGAGGAGCACGAGCUUGCCCAGGAGCAGGCCCAGGCCCAGGAGCAGGCCCAACCCCAACCCCAGGCCCAGGUCCAGGAGCAGGCCCGCAAUGGGCUUCUAGAGCCAGAGGACUCCCCUAUGUCUUUGGGCAGCAGCCAGCAUGACCUCAAGCCAAGUCAGCCUUCCUCUCCUGGCUAGUCAAACCCAGAGCCAUGAUCCCUGCUGAGCAGCUCUGUGCUCACCACCUGACAGCAGCCCUGCAGGCUAGAGCCGACCCCGGUGUACCCUGAGGAACCUGAGCCCAGCCAGCCCUCAACCACCCGGGGCCCUUGGUUCAACCUGCUCCCUCGGACACCCUGCGCCACCGCUCCCUCAACAUCUCCUUGUGCCUCAAAGGAUGGCCCCAGCCCUGAUCCACCAACACCACCUGCUUCCUCUCAACAGGUGAAUGGACCCAGUGCUGCCAAACCAUGUUCCCCAAAGCCCCUCUCUUCCACCCCGCUGUCUGUCUCAGCUCCCAAGAGAUGGGCAGGUGUCCCUGGGAAAGGGCCUCAAAGCCCAGCAGGCCUCGGGCAGCCCAAACGGAGGGGGCGGCCCCCUAGCAAGUUCUUCAAGCAGAUAGAACAGCGCUACCUGACUCAGCUGACAGCCCAGCCCGUGCCUCUAGAAAUGCGCACAGGCUGGUGGUGGAUCCGGGAUCCGGAGGAAUUGGAAGCCACACUGCGGGCCCUCCACCCCCGGGGCAUCCGGGAGAAAGCUCUGCACAAGCACCUCAGCAAGCACAGGGACUUCCUGAGGGAGGUCUGCCUGAGGCCGCCUACAGACCCCAUUCUCAAGCCAAGCCAGCUCCCCACAGUGUCUCAGAAAGAUCUUGUGUGCUGGUCCCCGGCUGAGAGGACCUAUGAAGCAGACCUGGCAAUGCUGCAGCGCGUGGAGGAGCUGGAACAGCGGGUACUACUGGCCGAUCUGCAGAUCCGGGGCUGGACAUGUCCCAGCUCUGACUCUGCCAGAGAGGACCUGGCAUACUGUGAGCACCCGCCUGACCCCCUAGAGGACAUCACUGCACGAGGCCGUGGGCGGGAGGGCCCGGUACCUCAGCGGGAGGACACCAACCCCCUGGAUCUGGCUGUGCUUCGGCUGGUAGCCUUAGAGCAGAACGUGGAGCGAAGGUACCUUCGAGAGCCCCUUUGGCCUCCCCAUGAGGUUGUGCUAGAGAAGGCCCUGCUGAGCCCUCCGGACGCUGCUGCUCUGGGGACCACAGAAAUAUCAUAUGAGAUCACUCCUCGGAUCCGGACUUGGCGGCAGACCUUGGAGCGGUGCAGGAGCGCUGCCCAGGUGUGUCUCUGCUUGGUUCAGCUGGAGAGAUCCAUUGCUUGGGAGAAGUCCGUCAACAAAGUGACAUGCCUGGUGUGCCGCAAGGGGGAUAAUGAUGAGUUUUUGCUGCUCUGUGACGGCUGUGACCGUGGCUGCCACAUUUAUUGCCACCGACCCAAGAUGGACACUGUUCCUGAAGGGGACUGGUUCUGCGUCUGUAUGGCCCAGCAGGCAGAGGGAGAAUCCCCUCAGAAGCCGGGCUUUCCCAAACGAGGUCAGAAGCGGAAAGGUGUCGGACCACUGGGUUUUUCCGAGCCUGAGAGCCGUCGCCGGCGGCGUCCUCGCGCUGUGUCCCGGGGCCAGGAUGGGGCGGCUGUGUCCAGAUACUCUGGGGAAGGGCUGUCCUCUUCCAAACGCCGCCGCCUUUCCAUGAGGCACCACCAUAGCGACCUCACUUUCUGCGAGAUCAUCUUGAUGGAGAUGGAGUCUCAUGAUUCAGCUUGGCCCUUCUUAGAACCCGUGAAUCCCCGACUGGUUAGUGGCUACAGGCGCAUCAUCAAAAACCCCAUGGACUUCUCCACCAUGAGGGAACGGCUCCUUCGGGGCGGGUAUUCCAACUCUGAGGAGUUUGCUGCCGAUGCCCUUUUGGUCUUUGACAAUUGCCAGACCUUCAAUGAGGAUGAUUCCGAGGUGGGCAAGGCCGGGCACAUCAUGCGUCGCUUCUUUGAGAGCCGCUGGGAGGAGUUUUAUCAGGGAAAACAGGCCAAUCUGUGAGGAGAGGUGGGAGAACGGGGGCAGGACACGUUGUGCCUACCCCUUCUCCCAUUACCCCCACCUCCAAAACCCUGCCGUUCUCGCCUGCUGAUGCUGUCUGGGGGCUACACUCAAGAGUCAGAUAUGCCCUGAUCUUGGACUCCGCCUCUGGGCAGCUUCCUGUACCUUCAUUCCCCAGAUACCCCCUUUUUCCUCUUCCUCUUCCCCUCAGAUAAAGGGGAGGGAAGGGGGUCUUCCUGGACUGAAAGCCAAAAAGAGAAAGAGAAUUUUUUUCCUUUCUGUUUUAUUUUCUAAACAAAAAAGGGAGGGGAGAAACACCUCCCUCACCCUUCCCCACCUUUCCUGCCCCAGCACUUUGGGGCUAUUUAAUGAUAGCAAUAGUUCUAGUGAAUGUGUGAAACCGAGAAACACUCUGUACUGUGUGAGGACCCGUAGUAACGGCCAGUAAAGUGGACUUAACUCCCAAGUGUGUCAAGCCGGAUACGGGGCCCUGGACAUGCUGCUUCCACGUCCAGUCUUUCCCCCAGUCCUUUGCCCACUUCAACACUUUUUCUUCCAAUUUCUGCCUUCCUUCCCAUAUCCAAUAAUAUCAAACUAUUGUGUACGGGUUCCUCCCUUUCCUUUUCCCCUGAAUCCUUAAAAGAAAAGAAAACAAAAGAGAUCUUUCAGAGGUUUUUUUCUCCUUAGCCCAGCCUCACCUAGACCAGUGGAUGCUUCUCUGUCCUUCCUCCAAAUCUCCAGCCUUCUCUGGGGCUAGCUAGCUGUGGGGGCGGGUGGGGAAGUGUCUCGCUCCAUCAGCCCUGUUUUCCUCCCCCACCUCCCCUAAAUCCAACCCUCCCUCUUGGGAGCUCCUCAGGGACAAUUACUGCUGAGUUUGGCCAGGAUAACUAUGGGCCCAUUCCUUCCUGGCCUCCCCUCCUUGUGUGUGUUGCUGCACUGUUUGUGUUUGAGCCUUCCUUCGCUCCUAUUCCUCUCUGUUACUUGGGAAAUAUACAAGGAACAGUUUCACCCAGUGAGCAUUUUUUAUGCUCCUCUUCUGAUGUCUGUGAUUCCUCCUUCCCACCCCAGCGUAUCUGUUUGGUUUUCAGGAUCUCUGAUCCUGUUCACUUUGUGUCUCUUGCUCCCCUACACAGGAAGGCCCUAAAGCUUUCUGUGGCUUUUAGUUCUGUUCCUGCUUCCUGGCCUGUCCCCCUCCUUAGCCCUGGGUGGUUAUGGGGCAGGUUGUGUGCACACCACUGUCCCUGACACGUGACCCCACUCUGUAAGAGGAAAGCUGCCAUCUGCCCCAGCCAUAACCACGGGGUCCUGACCCUCUGCUCCCCUGCCCAGCCUUGGCUCCUCCCAUCAGAGAUUACGGGUACUUGCACUGGGGAGGCGGCCCUGGGCUCCAGCAGAGAGCCAAGACACCCACAUCCCCCAAGGAACUUUGCUACUGGGAGGGAGGAGCCAGUUGAGGUCGAGCCAUAAUCCUGGUUUUGCUCCACCAGCUGCACUGAAUAACCACUGAGGGACAUGAAGGGAGAAUGGGCCUAUGUUCUCCCUGCCCUUUGGCUUCUCUCUCCUUUUCCAUCUCAUUUCUCAAGUCGCCUUUUCUGUCAGAUAAACCUCAGAAAUUAUUUUGAGAUUUUUUUUAUUUUAAAUAAGAGGUGAAUUGAAGACUAUUUGAAUUGACUAUAUUAUGCAUAAAUAUUUAUAUUUUAUCUAAACUGCGCUGUAACAAACUUUGUGUUAAAUGUUUGGAAUUCUAGAUGAGGGCUCUUCCCUGCCUGCCCUCAGUCACACACCUCACCCCACCCCCACCCCACCCCACCCCCUCACAGGGUAAUGUUUUUCCUGGUAUAAAAGCCCCUGAAUUAAUUUUGAACUUGUUGGGAGAGGGGGGUGGGGGGGAAGAGAGUGAUGCUCUGGAAUGUCAUGCGUUCCACGUGGAGUUCUCUUCCCUCCACCCAAAUCCCCAGGGAUCAGGCACUCUUGAGGUGGUAGGCUGGCUUGAAAUUUUGGGGGCCUAUCUGGUUGGGGGUAAAGUGGUCAACUGCCCACUUUUCCUUCUGCCUUCAUUCUUAACGAUUUCAAGUGUUUGGGGGUAGGCAUGUUAGAAAUCAAUUUCACCCCUACCCUCGAAAAAGAUCCUGUCCCAUCGAUCUAACAAAACAGGAAGAAACCACAUCGUCAACAAAGGUUGUUCCCAUGUUCCUUUUGUGUCAAAAAGGGACUAACUUUUAUAUAACCAAAUGUGGUGUUUUAGUGACUUUUUGAUAAUGUACAGUUUUUUUGUGAAUUUAAAUUUAUUUCUUUCUAUAUUUUUAGGACCAAUCUCAUUUUUAAUAAGGUUGAAAAGGAAAAAAAAAAGUCUAGAAAACUCCUGUUGUUGCCAUGUGAUGUUCCACAAGUGCAGCUGUAGAGAAAGUGCUUGUCAGUUGAAUAAAAACCACAUUUGAUAGA